CCUCCUCGCCGCUCUCCACGCCCCGCCUCGCUCUCGAAGCCCUCCUCCUCCUUACAGGCGCCCGCAGACUGUGAGGGUGAGCUGCGUGCUGCUGCGUCAUCGCCAGUGGCCGGUUUGAAUGAGACUCUCGUCGCAGUCGCAGUGGAGCCGCCACCACCGCGCCUCUCCCUCGCCUGCCGCCGCAGUUCGUCUGGUCGUUUCCCUUCGCCACCCUUGCCAGGCCUGGCCCUUCUUCCCCAGCGUUUCCCCUCGCACCCACCAUGCCGCUCUACUCCGUUACUGUAAAAUGGGGAAAGGAGAAAUUUGAAGGUGUAGAAUUGAAUACUGAUGAACCUCCAAUGGUGUUCAAGGCUCAGCUUUUUGCACUUACUGGAGUCCAGCCGGCCAGACAGAAAGUUAUGGUGAAAGGAGGAACAUUGAAGGAUGAAGAUUGGGGAAACAUCAAAAUAAAAAAUGGAAUGACUCUACUAAUGAUGGGGUCAUCAGAUGCUCUUCCUGAAGAACCCUCAGCUAAAACCGUAUUCGUGGAAGACAUGACAGAAGAACAGUUAGCAUCUGCUAUGGAAUUACCAUGUGGGUUGACAAAUCUUGGUAACACUUGUUACAUGAAUGCUACAGUUCAGUGUAUUCGUUCUGUGCCUGAACUCAAAGAUGCCCUUAAAAGGUAUGCAGGUGCCUUGAGAGCUUCCGGGGAAAUGGCUUCAGCACAGUAUAUUACUGCAGCCCUUAGAGAUUUAUUCGAUUCCAUGGAUAAAACUUCUUCUAGUAUUCCACCUAUUAUUCUACUGCAGUUUUUGCACAUGGCUUUCCCACAGUUUGCGGAGAAGGGUGAACAAGGACAAUAUCUCCAACAGGAUGCUAAUGAGUGUUGGGUACAAAUGAUGCGAGUAUUACAACAGAAAUUGGAAGCCAUAGAAGAUGAUUCUGUUAAAGAGACAGAUUCUUCAUCUGCAUCAGCAGUAACACCUUCUAAAAAGAAAAGUUUAAUUGAUCAGUUCUUCGGUGUUGAGUUUGAAACUACCAUGAAAUGCACAGAAUCUGAAGAAGAAGAAGUCACCAAAGGAAAGGAAAAUCAGCUUCAGCUUAGCUGUUUCAUCAAUCAGGAAGUCAAAUACCUUUUUACAGGACUUAAACUGAGACUUCAGGAAGAAAUCACUAAACAGUCUCCAACAUUGCAAAGAAAUGCUUUGUAUAUCAAAUCUUCCAAGAUUAGCCGGCUACCUGCUUAUUUGACUAUUCAGAUGGUUCGAUUUUUCUAUAAAGAGAAGGAAUCUGUGAAUGCCAAAGUUCUUAAGGAUGUUAAAUUUCCUCUUAUGUUGGAUGUGUACGAACUAUGUACGCCAGAACUUCAAGAGAAAAUGGUCUCUUUUCGAUCAAAAUUUAAGGAUUUAGAAGACAAAAAAGUGAAUCAGCAGCCAAAUACAAGUGACAAGAAGACUAGUCCCCAGAAAGAAGUUAAGUAUGAACCUUUUUCGUUUGCUGAUGAUAUUGGCUCCAAUAAUUGUGGAUACUAUGACUUACAAGCAGUGCUAACACACCAGGGAAGGUCUAGUUCUUCAGGUCAUUAUGUAUCAUGGGUGAAAAGGAAACAAGAUGAAUGGAUUAAGUUUGAUGAUGAUAAGGUCAGCAUUGUAACACCAGAAGACAUCUUACGGCUUUCUGGGGGUGGUGACUGGCAUAUUGCUUACGUUCUACUCUAUGGGCCUCGCAGAGUUGAAGUAAUGGAAGAGGACAGUGAACAGUAAUCUUCAUUUUAGCUAUUUAUGCUUAGAUGUGAAAUAAAUGUUAUUUGUUGAUCAUUUCUAUAAUCCAGAACUUUAGAAGAAGACACUUAAGGUGGUUUUUAUGUUUUCCUUUGGAACAAGGAGGCAGUAGACCAUGCCAUGCACUAAUCUGAAAAUUACAGAAAAAAUUACCUUUGCAUUGCGUUUAAAACUUUUCUCUCGCAUUAUUUGAAAAAAUUAAAUCAAAAUGCCUUUCAGCCAUUACCUUCUGAUUUUUCCCCCUGCCCAUUAUUAGUCUAAGAUUCAGCAUCAGAUGUUUAUUGCACACCUGUUACAUAUUAUUUGUUCUUGCAUGGUUCAAACCACCAUUCAGUAGCUGCCCAUCCUUUGCCUUAUCUAACAAAACAUUUUCCAGGAAGGUGGAAAAGGAAGUGUUGCUCUCUCAUUGUGUAACUUAGUGCUGCUGUCUGCAUCCCAUUGAAAACAUGGGUACAAUCAAGUAUUUGGCCAGCCUGAUUGUUGCUGGCUUUGCAUAACUUUAAAAUAAAUUGUGAUCAACAGUAGUACAUUUGAUUAUACAUUUAUUAUUGUGUUUCUCUGAUGUACUAUGGUUUGUACAUUUGACUUUGCAAUGGUUUUGUAGUAAUCAACCUUAAAAUGUUGACAAGCUCUGGUUGCUUAUUUUUAGAAAAUGAGGAUAUUUAAUAAAAAAAAAAAAAAGAGAGAGGGAUUAACAGCUUUUGACCUCAACUCUUUUGUCUUUUGAGUGUUGGAGCUUGGCUGAAAAUUCAGAUAUGUUUACUACUAUACAAUUUAUACAGAUGGUAAAUAUUAUUGUGCAGUUUGUUAAGCAUCCAUUUAAAAUGUUAUCUUCU